AUGAUACUACAGGCAGAUGAUAUGAAAAAGGAAACAUCAAUUGAAGUAAAUAAUAUUGAACAGCAAUAUGAAUGUCGUGGCAUGUGUGCAAUAAGAAGGGCACCGGAGUACUGGACCACAUUGGGAAGUUCCAAAACAAGAACCAGUGAACAAGCCAUUGAAGGACAAAGACUUAUAAAACAACAAUUAGAAGAACUUCCUCCAAAUACAACAGUGGCAUUCACAGAUGGCUCAUGCAUAGGAAAUCCUGGGCCUUGUGGUGCAGGAGCCAUUAUAUACAAUAAUGAAGAAGAGGAAACAAUACAGUACCCUGUAUCAAACAGAGGAUCAAUACUACUAGCAGAACUAGUAGCCAUUAAACUUGUGCUGGAAAAAAUAGACAAUUAUAAUUAUCGCAAUGUUAAACAACUUAACAUAUACUCUGACAGCCAAUCCGCCAUAGGCAUUAUAACCUUAAAUUGGAAAUCAGAAAAUUAUCACAAAACCAUACAAGAAAUCAAAAACAGGAAAAUAAAAUUGGAACAAAAGGGUUUUAGUAUCAACAUCAUUUGGACACCGGGGCACUCUGAUAUAGAGGGAAAUGAACAGGCUGACCGUCUGGCAAAAGCAGCGGCAAAAGAAGCAGAUAAUAGGAAGGAAAUGUCUUCAAUCAAAACAAAACAAGACAUCAAACAAGCGGCGAGAACAUCAGUCAUUAAAAAAUGGAAGACACAAUGGGAAUCUAGUGAGGUUGGGAGAAGAUUUUUUAAUCAUCACCCAGAUGCAUCAAAAAGAAUCAAACUCGACUUCCCAUCAAAAAAACACUUCAAUAUACAAAACAGUCUCAGAUCAGGAUACUCCAAACUAAAGGGGUAUCAACAUUUCAUUAACAGACAUGUAGAAGACAACAAAUGUACUUGCGGAGAAAUAGAAUCUGUAGAACAUUUUUUAUUAUCUUGUGACAAUUACAGUUUGGAUAGAGAAAAACUCCGCCAGUCAAUAUAUUUCAAAACAGGAACACUUAAUCUAGAUCUAGAAGAAUUACUUAACACCGAAGCCAGUGCAGACAUACAAUAUGCAGUUUCCGAGUUUAUAGACGAUACUCGAAGAUUUGAUCAUUUGUUUUUAUAA